ACUGCCGCAGGGAAAGUGGUGCCGUGUGCAACGCGCGUUGCCUCGCCAAACCAUCGUUGGUGCUGGAACUUAUCUUCGAAAAGUUGCUGACGCUGAACGAGGACUCUGUACCAGCAGCCAGCGCCAGCCGCCGAGCAGCGCAAACGCAUAACGUAAGGAAACUGACAUGGAUUUGCUGAGGUACACUCUACAAAACACUUCGUACGUUGGUGGAGAAGCCGAGACUGCAAGAGGAAUUGCAGACAGCAUUAGCAACAUGUCAUGCAGAUACUCAUUAUCUGUAAUGGACUUCCUACCUCAGGAAACCCUUAAUGACACGCAUGUGGAAAUGGAAUGGCCAUGUGAAGUAAGAGAAUACUGGGUGGACAUAAGCGGACUCGUCAUUUUCGUUCGUUUCCUAUUCGAUUACGUUUCAGUCUUCAUAGUUGCUUUGGGAUUGGUGCUGAAUACAAUUGCUUUCCUAACACUGCGGUCACCCAGUCUGGUUACAAACAGUAUGUCCAUUUACCUGCAGGCACUUGCUCUGUCUGACAAUGGUGUACUGGUGUUUAGUACUGCAGUGAAUGUGCUCCGUAAGCACUGUGAACCAUUUAACAUGCUAAUUGUGGAACACAGAUGGCUUUGUAUAUGCCACAGAAUAACAUCAGGUCUUUUCUUUCAUUAUUCAGCAUGGCUUGUUGUUGCACUUACCUUUGAAAGACUGUUAAUGAUCCGAUGGCCUAUGCAUUCAUAUUCUAUCUGCAGAAUUCGACCUGCAAUUUUUGUUACCACUCUUGUUGGACUUGUGGUAUUUUUGCUGAAUCUUGCCAGGUUAAAGACCCAAGGCUUUGAACAAGAUGCUGUGUAUGAGUAUGCAUCAUGUAGCAAAGUUGGGAGGUCAGAAAACUGGAGUAAUUCCACGUAUUUGUUUAUUUCCAUUUCAACAUGGAUUCCAACAUUUCUGAUUGUUGUUGGCAAUGCAUGCAUUGUUUAUCACCUACAUCAGUCAGCUAAUCAACGAUCAAAACUAAGUGAAACAAAUUACAGUCCAGGUCCAGAUACAUGUAAACUUACAAAGCUACUGAUAAUGGUUUCUACAGUUUAUGUUGUACUUCUGUUGCCAAUUGGAAUAGUUGGCAGUAUUGAUCUCUACUGGAGAGUGCACAGACCAUCACAAAGCUACACUGUGGAAUACAUAAAAUGGAAGAAGCAGUCCCUGCUGCUGAAAUGGCUACGUGGUCUUUUCUUUUUUAUAUAUUCAUGUAAUUUUGCAAUAAACUUUUUUGUUUACUGCAUGUCUGGAAAUAAUUUUAGACAUGCAGUGAAGACAGUUACUGAUAAAUGGUUGUCAUCUUUUUGUUAUAAAUAUAUUUGUGAUGUUAAGAAAAGUAUUCAUGCAGAAGCACCUCAAAAAAAUACUAUAUCUCAUGAUGUGGAAAUUAACAGAAGACAAAAAGUUUCAUCUACUGCAAGCACUGUAACAUUAAUAGCACACGAUGUUGAAUCAUAGACUAUUAAAAGAUUAACACCAGUUCAAUAUUUAUACAGGUCUGACAUUAUAUUAAGACAAACAACAAGGAAUAAUCAUUUAAUAAAACCAUUUUAUAAAAUUUCCGGUAUUAUUUUCAUCAAUGUUUCUCUUUUUCCCUUCUUCUUUUGGCGCCUCUAUUCCACAAUGGCACAGGGUUGGCAUGGUUAUUUACAGAUUUGACAUGGUGAAUGUAAGAGGUGUCCAGAUACCUUCCCUUUUGCCACCCUGUCACCCUCUAGGGAUGGAAUAAGUGUACCUCAACUGUCUACAUGCAGCAUUAUUCAUUUGAAAGUGAGUGAUAGUUUUCUAAAUGUUAGCAAAUUAUGUAACUGAGUAUGGAGUUGGGUACCAGCCUGGUAUUCACCUAAGGGAAUGUGGGAAACCACCUAAAAACCACAUCCAGACUGGUCAACAUCCUCAUCGUUAAUCCUCCUGGGGCAUUUGAUCUGGGACUAUUACAUCACUUUUAUCAAAAAACUCAGGAAACCAUUUUGAAACAAAUGAUAUGUUGAACUGGAGUAAGAAUGAAUUUACCUCAGACUGCAAUGAAAUGAUCAAUUUUAUUAUAACAUGAUCAGCUUCAAGGCUUCUAGCCUCAUCUUUAGAUGUAUUAGAUACAUAUAGAUCAAAUCAAUGUCUGGUAUGUUUAUCUUAGGACCAUGGCUUGCUAUCAUCAAUUGUCCUCUUGUAACAUUCAGUUUCAAAUGAUACAUACAAUACCACUCACAACGUGCUCAGAUACACACACCACACAUCACUUUGAUGUAUAUAAGCCUAUAAAACUCAAAAUCAAUCAUAUUAUAAUAAAAACAGAAAUAUAUUAAUUGC